GUGGGUUUCUCAAAAUCUUCAGGAUUGGUGCACUUAAAGUGCGCUCGGACUCGGCUACAGGCUCGCUUCAACUCCGCCUCACUUGAAGAUAGGGUCUUAAAGUGCGUGUGUAGACCAGGCAUCGACCACUGAUUAUAUGAGUAGGCUCGACGCUCGAAUUUCGAGUGCCGGAUCGAUCAUUAUCCCGUUUUGACUAGUCUAUCCACUCCAGGAUUAUCAUUCAACAGAUUUAGUAUUUAAAGGUUAAUAUCAGGAAUUUUGGAUUUCUAACUCCAUUCCGCAAAAUGGGGCUGUUGAAGUCUAGCUUUUUGCUGAUCAUUAGAAUUUGGAUAUUCCUUGAUAUUCCAACCCCUGAAGCAGCUUCAGCUCAUAUUCAUACCCAUCAUCAUAACAAAGAGGCCUCUAGCCAUGAAAGAACUGAGGAUGGUGCCUUCAGUCCUAGAGCCGCCGGACACUUUGCCAAUGGUGAUCAUCACCAGGAAUUUGACCAUGAAUCCAUUUUAGGGAGCGUGAAAAAGGCCGAAGAAUUUGACAAGCUACCUCCAGAUGCAGCUAAGGAACGCUUGGCGAUAUUACUGACCAAAAUGGACCUGAACCAUGAUCAAUAUAUUGAACGAAAUGAACUCAAAUCUUGGAUCCUGCGUUCUUUCAGUAUGCUAUCCGCGGAGGAAUCUGAAGACCGUUUAGAUGACGCAGAUACAAACGAAGAUGGCAGAGUGGCCUGGGAAGAAAUUCUGCAAGACACUUAUGGCUCAGAUCCAGAAGAUCUCGCACAGGAAGACAAGCUAAUUACGGAAGACAAAGCGACUUUUAAUGCUGCGGACUUAGAUGGAGAUGGAUAUUUGAAUGCAGACGAAUUCAAGGCAUAUACCCAUCCGGAAGAAACUCCAAGAAUGUUUCCACUGCUCCUAAAACAGGCACUGGACGACAAAGACACUGAUAAAGAUGGGUUCAUUAGCUUCAAAGAAUUCCUCGGAGACAGGGCAAGGGGGGAAGACAAGGAGUGGUUACUGGUUGAAAAGGAUAAAUUCGAUCAUGACCACGAUAAGAAUCAAGAUGGAAGACUUGAUUCGGAGGAAAUAUUAUCAUGGCUUGUGCCGAGUAACGAGGAUAUAGCCAACCAGGAGUGCGACCACCUUUUCGCAGCUACAGAUGAUGACCAUGACGAUAAAUUAUCUUUCAAUGAGAUAUUGGAACACUACGAUGUUUUUGUUGGCAGUGAAGCAACAGACUAUGGAGAGCACCUUCAUAAUAUUGAUAAUUUUAAAGACGAAUUAUAAAUAUUCGCGGGAUAGAUGAAAAGCUGCUGAAAUGGUAUAUUCAUUAACGAAUUUUAUUCAAAACCAUUUUUCGGUACACAUUUUAUCAUUCAUCGUAAUAUUAUUUAAGAUUUAUUUAUUACGUCGUUUCAUUAAAACUUUGAAAUUAAGAUUGACGUUUGAUGUGGCAAGCGAAGUACAUAUAUAGUGUGUAAUUUGUAUCUUACGAUUAGCCAGCAAUUUCACAGUUAUUGUAAUAGCGAUCACAAUAUUUCUAAGUAUGGUAAAAGAACAUUAAAUAUGCAAACAUACAGCAUAUAUAGUAACAACAAAUUCAGCAGAUUUACACGUUCAGCUCUCUACACUGUAUAUUUAUUAUAAUUUUAAACUCAAAGCCAAAGCCGAACAAAAAUCAAAUUCCUGACAGUCUUCCAAUCUUACGAUACUGCUGUCGUUAAUCAUCAUAUGUGGCAAAACGGGAUAAUAUUACGAAUCCAUUACACCCCAUGUGCUGUGUUGUGUCAUAUCAUAAAAUUUUUAUGUAUUUAUUUAGUCACGUAUACAUUUGUAUAAUAUACUAUAGAAGCGCACAUCCAAAUAUAAUAUUAUAAUUCAAUCAAA